AUGGCGCAUGUCGGGGGCAUGCUCGCCGCUGCCAUCCUCAAGGUGUUGGUCCAGCAGAUCGGGUCCGCGAUCGGAAGCCAGAUCGCGCUGCAUAUGAACUUGAGAAAGGACCUGGCGAAGAUGAAGAUGACGCUCGAGUCCGUCGAGGCCGUGCUCGAGGACGCCGACAGGAGAUCCAUCACGGAUAAGCCGACGCGUCUGUGGCUGAAGCGGCUCAAGGACGCCAUGUAUGCCAUCUCCGACAUGAUUGAUGAGUUCGAAGCCAUCGCCCAGCCGUCUAAGCAGAAGGUACGUUUCUCCCUCAGAAAGUAUCUCCCAAUUGGUCCUAGGACAACAAUGGCUAAAAAGAUGGAGAAGAUGAGAGUCGACCUGGAGGUGAUCACAGAUCAACACAAGAAAUUCAAACUAAUGGCGGACACUAAUGCCAAUGAGCUGAAAGUGGUUGAUAUACGGGAAACAUCAUCAAUGAUGGAAGCCCAGAUCAUCAUUGGGAGGACUGCAGAGAGAGAGAAACUAUUGGCUUCUUUAUCUGAGAGCGUGACUGGAGAGAUGACAAUUCUUCCAAUAUAUGGCAUAGGAGGUCUUGGCAAGACAACCUUAGCAAAAAUGAUUUACAAUAGUAACCAAUUCAAAGAAUACUCUCAGGUGUGGGUUUACGUGUCCCAGACAUUUGAUUUGAAGAAAAUUGGCAAUUCCGUAAUAUCACAACUAUCAGAGAAGGAGAGUCAGUACACCGGAGCGCAGAUGAUACAGAGUUCCCUAUCAAAGCUACUAGCUGAUAAGAAAAUUCUCAUUGUUUUGGAUGACCUGUGGGAGGAUAUGGAAUCUCAUUUGGAUAAUCUCAAGGCUAUGCUAAGGGUGGGGAAGGGCAGUAAGGUGGUUGUUAUAGUAACCACACGUGACGAGCACAUUGCAAAGAAAAUGUCUACCAUUGAACCACACAAAUUAGCACCAUUGACAGAUGACAUGUGUUGGUCUAUAAUAAAGCAAAAGAGUGACUUUGAAUCUAGAGAUGACAACAAAGAGUUGGAACAAAUUGGAAUGGAGAUUGCAAUGAAAUGUAAAGGUGUGGCUUUAGCAGCUCAAUCACUUGGACAUAUGUUGCAUUCUGUGACGUUUGGUGAAUGGGAGUCAGUCAGAAAUAGUCAUAUCUGGGAUGUAUCUACUUCGGAAGAGGCACCUUCAACACAUGUGCUUGCAUCGCUGAGCUUAAGCUACAGUGUUAUGCCUCCGUAUUUGAAGCUAUGCUUUUCCUAUUGUGCAAUUUUCCCGAAAGGUUGCAAGAUAGUAAAAGAUGACCUAAUUCACCAAUGGGUUUCUCUUGGUUUCGUUGAGCCACCAGAUGUGUUCUCCUCCUGGCUGCUCGGUGAGAGAUAUAUUAGGCAGCUUUUGGGGUUGUCCUUCCUUCAAAAUUCAAAGUCGCCAUCGACUACUGAAGUGUAUCUUGAAGAUAAUAAAUUGUUAACUAUGCACGACUUGGUGCAUGAUCUAGCAAGAUCGGUCCUGGCUGACGAAUUUUUUGUCUCUAGCAAACAAGCUAACGCUAAGGGAAGCUUAUGCCACUUUGCAUUGAUCAGUGACUGUAGCAAGGCCUUGGAGUCAUCCAAGAUAAGGGCACUCCGUUUUGUUGACUGUGGUGAAACUGUCCUUCAGAAUGCUGCAUUUUCAUCAGCUAAGUCCCUGCGUGUCUUGGACUUAAGAGAGUGUGUCAUACAUAGAAUUCCAGACUCUAUUGGUCAACUGAAGCAACUGAGGUAUCUUAAUGCUCCAAGAGUCCAGCAUGCAACAAUUCCCGAUAGUAUCACCAAGCUCUUGAAAUUAACUUACCUCAAGCUCAAUAAAUCUCCUACAGUCUUGGCACUACCAGAGUCAAUUGGAGAUAUUGAAGGUCUGAUGUACCUUGAUUUGUCCGGCUGUUCAGGAAUUGAAAAACUUCCAGCUUCAUUAGGGAGGCUAAAAAAAUUGGUGCAUCUGGAUUUGUCAAAUUGCACUCGUGUUGGAGGUGUAUCUGUGUUCUUAGAGAACUUAACAGAACUGCAAUAUUUGAACUUAUCACACUGCCCAAAUAUUGGACCGCUGUCAGAAGCUCUAGGUGGCCUAUCUGAACUGCAAUAUUUAAAUUUAUCAUUCAGCUCAUAUCUUGUAGGUUGCCAAGAAGCAGAAGUUUUGGGCACCUUCAGCAAACUCGAGUAUUUGAACUUAUCUUCAAGGUACUGCAAGCUCCAAAAGCUCCCUGAAGCUUUGGGCAGAUGUGUUAAACUCAAGUAUUUAAACUUAAGAGGUUUGAUUUGUAUGGAAGAAUUGCCAGUGUCAUUCAGGAAUCUCAAUAAUUUAGUGCAUCUUGAUUUAAAAGACUGUCGAAGGGUUAUUGUUUUACCAGAAACUUUGGGUGGCCUUACCAAACUCCAAUAUUUGAAUUUAUCAUGGGCAAGUAAUAAUUAUGAAAGGUCUCUCAUUGGGCUUCCAAAUGUCAUGGGUAAUCUCACCGAACUCAGGUAUUUAAAUUUAUCGGGGUUCUUGAACUCUGUGUUUGAAACUGACUGGAACGGUGAAAUUGACAGUUUCAUGGACCGUAUCAGCACCCUUUCCAAUCUAGAGCAUUUGGACUUGUCUGGAAACUCCAGUAUUCGCAGUAUACCGGCAAGUUUUUGUAACCUCAGGAAGGUGCAUACAAUGGAUUUCUCAUACUGCUUUGGUCUUUAUAAGUUACCAGAAUGUAUAGGUACAAUGGAUAGCUUGACUCUAUAUUUAAAGGGCUGUCCUUUGAGCGACCAACCUCAUCUCAGUGGCAGUUUAGUAACAUUACCAUGCUUUGUAGUGCAUGCUGGUGAAGGUGAAUCUAGCAGCAAUCUUGUCCUGCUACAACACAUAAAUCCUGAAGAGCUUGAGAUAACUGAACUUGAAAAUGUGAAGUCCCCAGAAGAGGCACAUUGUAUAAAUUUGACAGGAAAGCAAAGUAUGGAGGAGCUGGAAUUGCGGUGGACAGAAGAUGCUCAGAGAUUUGUGGAUGACAAAAUGUUGCUGGAAAAACUAGUGCCACCAAGCACUGUAAAGAAGUUUAUGAUACAAGGUUAUAAUAACGUCAGCCUUCCAGCCUGGUUAAUGGAUAUUACACAUUACCUCCCUUAUCUUUUCAGAUUGGAGAUGUGUGACAUGCCCAAUUGCAAUGUCCUACCUCCAGUCAGCCAGCUACGAAACCUGGUAUGGCUGGUUCUCAGUGGUAUGGAAAGUCUGGAAGACUGGAAUACGUCAUACUCUAGUGGCGAGGAGCACGUGAUUGAUAAAUUGGAAAUACAUAAUUGCCCCAAGUUGCGGAUGGAUUUGGCACAACCUAGAGCUAUUUGUUUGAAGAUAUCAAAAAGUGAUAAUGUGCUGUCAUCAUGGGGAGAAUAUAUGACACACACUGGUGCUUCCUCCUCUUAUUCUUCAGUGACUACUGAACUUGUAGUUUCAUGUUGCAAGGUACCUCUGUAUAAUUGGAGUUUGCUUCAUCACCUCACUGGCCUUACGGAUUUAUCGAUCAGCUGUUGCAGUGAUCUGACAAGCUCACCAGAGAUCAUCCAACAUCUCUGCUCUGUUGAAUCACUAUUACUAGAAGAUAAUGAUCAGGAUGAACUGCCGGAAUGGUUGGGUGAGCUCACCUCUCUUCAGAAACUGGAAAUUAAAAAAUACACAGGGCUAAUUGAAUUGCACGAGAACAUGAGGCAACUCAAAAAGCUACAGACGCUAAAAGUGUGCAAUUGCAACAGCAUGGUAUCACUGCCGCUUUGGUUAGGAGAAUUAAUCUCUUUGAAGGAACUUACGUUCUGGAGUUGUUAUUGCAUCAGGUCUUUGCCUGAAAGCUUACAACAACUCACCAACCUCCAGGAACUAUAUAUCUUUUGUUGCUUUGAACUAGAGCACCUGGUUGAAUCGGAGGAGAACCAGAAGGAGUUUACAGACAUGAAAGAAAGGGUAUGUAUCCUUCCCACUUCUCUCACGAAACUUCAGAUCAUGGGAUGUGAAGGCAUCAGCUCUUUGCCGGAGGGCAUACAACAACUCACCAACCUCCAGGAGCUACACAUUAUUAACUGCUGUGAAUUAGUGAAGUGGUGUAGAUCAGAGGAAAAUGAGAUGAAGCUUGCUCACAUAGAAAAAAAAGGUGAUUAUUUAGUAGUGGGCCAGAUGAUAUACUGCUACACCAGUCACCAGGUUGCGAAACCAAGGCCUGAAGCAACUUGCAACAUUUUUGCUCAUAAACAUUGUAUUCUGAAUGUUUGUUUUGUUCAUGCGUUAAAUACAAGUUAUACACGUACCUGCAAAAAAAAAUACAAGUUAUACACGGUCCUAUUGCUUGGUUUCGGUUAGGUUCACAUUUUCUGAAUGAAAUACUGUGAUUGUAAUUUGUCAGGGACUAACAUUUAUGACAAACCAGCAUGUUCUCAUGUUUCUAUGUGGACAAUUGUGUCGUUCAGUUAA